GCCACUGGGAAGCCUCCUAGAGAUGUUUCCUCCGUGCGUCAUUGCACUAGCUCUACCUUACUCGCCGAUUCGAUAUUGUGAGGGUAGACUUGAUGAAAACACCGACGACGACGACGACGACGACGGAGGACAAAUCGGAGUUCUCACCUGUGUUUCGAUCGGGAAGCUGUUCUGAGAAAGGACCCAAGCAGUACAUGGAGGAUGAGUUCAUCGCUGUCGAUACUCUCCAUGAAAACCUUCCUCCUGCAACUCAUCACCUUCCUUCUCCUGGCGCUUUUUACGGGAUAUUUGAUGGGCACGGAGGCACGGAUGCAGCAUUAUUUACGAGAAAGAACAUCCUCAAGUUUAUCACCACAGACUCGCACUUCCCUUGCAGCAUCCAAAAGGCGAUCAAGAGUGCCUUUGUGAAGGUUGAUCACGCCCUAGCCGAUGCCAUUUCUCUCGAUAGAUCUUCAGGCACCACUGCUUUAAUAGCUUUCAUGAUGGGAAGAAGUAUGCUAAUAGCCAAUAUAGGCGAUUCUAGAGCUGUGUUGGGAAAACGAGGGAGAGCCGUUGAACUGUCCAAGGAUCACAAGCCAAACUGCACGUCGGAGAGACUAAGAAUAGAGAAACUGGGCGGCGUAAUCUACGACGGAUAUCUCAACGGCCAACUGUCGGUGGCGAGAGCACUAGGAGACUGGCACAUCAAAGGCUCGAAAGGAUCAAAGAGCCCAUUAAUCUCAGAGCCAGAGCUUGAAGAGGUGGUUUUAACACAAGAGGACGAGUACUUAAUAAUGGGUUGUGAUGGAUUAUGGGACGUGAUGAGCAGCCAGUGUGCUGUUACGACGGUGAGGAAGGAACUGAUGCAGCACAAUGAUCCGGCGAGGUGUGCGAAAGCACUGGUAACUGAAGCGUUACAACGUAAUACAUGCGACAAUCUAACUGUUGUUGUUGUCUGUUUCUCACAACAUCCUCCUCCUAAGCUUCAGGUUCCUGUGCUGCACAAGAGGAGGAGCAUUUCGGCUGAAGGCUUGGAUCUUCUUAAGGGCGUACUCUCUUGA